CUAAAGCUCUAGGUUUAAAAAUCAUGCGUAGACUAAUUGGUACUCGAGAGGCACAAACACGAGAGAAUAAGUCAGGCUUUAGACCAGGAAGAUGGUGUAUUGAUCAUAUCUCUACCGUUUGACAGAUUCUGGAACAUAGACAUACUUACCGGCAUCCAACAGCUGUCAUAUUUCUUGACCUGAAAGCAACAAUGAAUUCCGUCAACUGAGAAGUACUAUGGCGAUGUUCGGAUGUGAAAGGAAUGCCAAGAAAAUAAGUCGCACUGAUCAAGGCACUCUACUCGAACUCAUGCAUCCAGUGAUACACAUCUUCAGGCCAGAUAAAACCCACAGCAGUUGGACAAUUAAUUCCCUUAAACCGUGAAUCAGUGUGAUGGACAUUCAAAAUUUUAUCCGGUUCCUAUUAAUUAGAAUAUUUUUCGCUCUUCUUAUACUAUCAAUUAUUAUGAAAGUUAUGAAGGAGAAGUUUAUCACAUGGUUGUAUGGCCAAAACUCUGAUUCAGGCAUGUCUGUGCUAACAAGAGGAUAUAUGCUGUCUGAAAUGCUGACAACAAAACUGUACAAUAAUUCAGUGAUAACCAGUUUUCAACCGUCGACAAGUAACAUGUAUGGCGAUCCAAUACUUAUAACCGUGUCAAGCAUUAAAUCUACUAAGUGUUGUGUAUUACGCGAUAUUGCCUUAUCGUCUUUUCACAAUGCUCUUAUUGGUGAUCAUAAUGCUCUUAAAGACUAUAUUGUUAGUAAUGCCGCUGAGAAAUAUACACUUAAGCCUGGCAGUCAAGAGAUAUCCGUAUCUGCAAGUGUCCAGUUGUCUUCUGAUAAUUGGAAACGUAACACCUACUCACUUGUUAUCGGUCUUGUAUCUGGUGCUUCAGAUUCAUCAGUUGAAGAAAUAGACAUAUCAUGCUACAUUAUUCAUGUGAAGAUACGAAAAGAAGAAAAUGUGGAUACAAGUAUCAUGUAUACAUUUUGGAAAACCAAUUGGAACCGUUUAUUAAUACCACAGGUAAGUCAAAAUUUAAAACAACAACAACCGUAUCACUGUAUCAAGUAG